GAGCCUUUUCAAAGUAGCCUCAGCAUAGAUGCCUAAAAGGGUGAUGGUGGGGCCUGGCUGAGGAUGUUGCGCACAAAGAUGAAGGAAUACAUACAUGGCGCUUUAGGUGAUUAUGCCCUGCUUAUACUAGUCGAUGGGGAAGGGAAGCACAGUCCCCUUGAGAAAAAUUGGGGUUCUAACACCUAUAACUUUUCGAAAUCAUAUCUGGCUCAUAUCCGAUCAACCAACUCCCAUAAUUUUAGUUCAACACUAUGCUGAUACCUAAAUGCUCAACUGGCUCUUUCCAUGCGUAAAACCCUAUGCCGAAAGGUAGUAUGGCCCAUAUAAAUGCCAUGAGAUUUAGAAGAUCUAUCUGCUAAUCGGCUACUUAAGUAGCGUAAGGUAAAGCUCUAACAGGAAACUUUCGGUACCCCAAUCCAAAGGGGAUGGCCUGGAAUCUGAAUCAAUCAGUCACCAUGAAGUCCGUGGGGCAUUCAAUCUGAGAUGUCAAUAUAAUGAGACGAGCGGACUUGAUUGCUUCUUCCCGCAACAAGUACCUGGACACUCCGCUCCGAGCUUAAAGCUUGACUCCCAGUCUUCCUCUAACAUACACCUCAAAGAAGAAAUGUCAAAGGAAGGCAGCACCACCACAAGCUUCUCCCUCCCUUUCCUGUAAUGCAGCUACCUGCCACUGAUCCGGAAUAAAUUGAGUGCUUCUGUGUUCCGUCGAGCAAACAGAUACAUAUUAAAUCGAGCAGUGUUUCUGCUCCCAAAAAACAAAACAAAUUGAAAAUAGCUUCAGAAGGCAUGAAGCUACUAGCUUUUGGAUUAGUUUUAUUGGGGUGCCUCAAAUCUUUGGCAGCUCCUGACAUCCAAGUCAUAGCACUGCAUGAAAUGAGGAUGAUGCUCACUGACAGCCGCGGUGUCUUGAAAGACUGGAACGAUAACCAAGUGAGCCCCUGCUAUUUUGAUAAUGUUAGAUGCGAUCAAGAUGGCAAGGUUAUUGGAAUAACUUUGAGCUCCUCAGGGUUAAGUGGAAUUUUAUCACCCAGCAUUGCAACGUUAACAACUUUACAGCAGCUGUUAUUGGAUGGCAACAGCAUAACUGGAGGAAUUCCACAGGAGUUAGGGAACCUAUCAAACUUAAUGACUCUAAAACUUGGAAGAAAUAGCUUAAAUGGCUCGAUACCUGAAUCUUUUGGCCUUCUAUCAGAACUCGAAAAUCUGGAUCUAAGCGAAAAUCUGUUGAUUGGCAACAUUCCAAAUUCUUUGUCAAAUCUUUCAUCAUUGAAUAAUAUCAAUCUCGCAUAUAACAGCCUUAGCGGUGAAAUACCAGAACAGCUACUUCAGGUGUCCCAAUAUAACUAUACAGGCAACCAUUUGAAUUGUGGCCCGCACUUAAUUUCAUGCAAUGGGAGCACUAAUAAAACAGGUGGAUCAAGCAACACCACUGUCAAGGUGAUUCUUGGAAGCAUUGGCGGAGCAGUCGUUCUCAUUGUUUCUGUAGUUCUAUUUCUGCUAUGGUGGCAAAGAAUGCGCCACCGUCCUGAUAUAUACAUUGAUGUUGCAGGUCAGCAUGAUCACAACCUAGAGUUUGGGCAGAUAAAGCGUUUCUCAUGGCGAGAGCUCCAGACUGCGACCAAUAAUUUCAGUGAGCAAAAUGUCCUCGGCAAGGGCGGUUUCGGUAAGGUGUACAAAGGAGUGCUUCCAGGUCCAGACAGCAAGAAGGUUGCGAUCAAACGGCUGUUUGAAGUGGGAAGUCCCGAAGGCGAAAUGGCUUUCCUCAGAGAAGUGGAAUUGAUAAGCAUUGCUGUGCAUAAGAACAUAUUAAGAUUAAUAGGAUUCUGCACGACACAGACAGAGCGGCUCUUGAUAUACCCCUUCAUGGAAAAUCUGAGUGUCGCUUCCCGUUUAAGAGAUAUAGAACUUAAUGAACCGACAUUAGAUUGGCUGACAAGAAUGAGGAUCGCACUUGGAGCUGCCCGUGGUUUGGAAUACCUUCAUGAGCACUGCAACCCCAAGAUCAUCCACCGUGAUGUCAAGGCUGCCAACGUCCUACUUGAUGGGAACUUUGAAGCAGUCAUAGGAGACUUUGGGCUGGCGAAGAUGAUGGACAUGGGGAGGAACACUGUGACGACAGGGGUCCGUGGGACAAUGGGCCACAUAGCUCCUGAGUACUUUAAGACCGGGAGGCCAUCAGUGAAGACCGACAUAUUUGGAUAUGGUGUUAUGUUAUUAGAGAUUGUGACAGGCGAGCGUGCAAUGUUCCCCGACUUCCUGGAAGGAGCUGGCGAGGUCAUGCUCAUCGAUCAAGUGAAAUUGUUGAUGCAAGAAGGGCGAUUGGAAGAAAUCGUAGACCGCAAUAUAGACUGUGGAUAUGACUUUCAAGAACUAGUAAAAAUUAUCCAAGUAGCACUCCUCUGCACCAACAUUGACCCUUGUCAACGCCCUGCUAUGUCAGAAGUUGUGAAUAUGCUGGAAGGAAAAUUUGUGCCGGAAGAUCAGUGGGAGGAGUGGCAGCAAGCUGAACUUACCCGUCGGCAGCUGUACGAAAAUAAGCAGCACCACAAAUUAUUCACCUUCAGUGAGGAGUCACUGAACAUCUAUGAAGCCGUUGAGCUAUCUGGUGGCAGAUGAGCUGCAAGAUCAUCAAAACGCAUCAUGGUGUUCACUUGUUUCCUCAUUCGAAAGAGUAAAAGGAAAUACAGAACUCAAAAGUGCUUUUUAUAGAUGCUAUCUAUCUGGAGUACAGAAUCAAACAAAGUUAUGCGAGACUACAGAAUCAUUAACAGAAUUAUGUACAAGUAACUGUACCUGGUAUGUGGUGAUGUGGACACAAUUUUGUACUUGACAUCUAGCUCAAACAUUAUUAAGAUCUGUGUGUGUAUAUAAUCUAUCAACAACAACAAAGCCUUUAGUCCCAAACAAGUUGGGAUAGGCUAAUAUGUAUAUAUAAUCUAUAAACAGAUAUAUUUUAUUUUA